AUUAGAAACUUGGAUAUGGCUUGAUUUCAGCUCCCCAUCUGAAUGUUGAGAACAUGACCUUCUCCAGCUGCAUGCUUCAUCUCCAUGCUUCUCACAUUCACCAUGCAAAAUUAAAAAUUCUCGGCUGGUUAUACUGCAAUGAGCUUUCAAAGCAUUGCACUUUAUACAACCAAGAUAUUUUUGCAUUCACCAGCCCUCCCCCGCUCUCUUCUCCCUGGAGGUUGGGUAGAAGAAGAAGAAGAAGCCAUGAUGACAGACAGCUAGGCUGUUCCACUCUAGGGAGAGACUUUUGCAGAAUGGGCCACGCCUUCAUAAGCCUGGCUGCUCUUUACUCUGCUCCACAAGGCUCAGCCUCCUCCCAUCACCUGCAGGGGCAAAGGAGAACUUUUGGCUCCAAAAGCCAGCUUCAUCAUGGGAGUUGUAGUGCCUGAGUGCAAUCUGCCAGCCAGCCUGCAGGGCUGAAGAAGACUGCUUUGCUUUCUAGAGGCCUGCAACAUGGACCCGGCCUCUUCAUUGCGUGUGCACUGCAGUCAGUGACUGGCCUGCAGAAGAAACUGUGUUCUUUAUUAACUUGGAAAAGAACAGCAAACCUACAUUUGAAAAUACAUGCAGCAAGAAUCUGCGGCCAUUGCUUCUGCCUCCCUAAAUGGUUCAAUGUUCUAGCAUCUGCUGUGCUGUGUUAAUAGGCUGUACGUCUGGGAUUCCUACUGAAGAACGCCGGAGUUCAUGCAUGUUCAGGUCCAAAUCCCAUGAAGGCAAGAUGUCGGUUGUGCAAGGGUUAAGCAGACAGUGUCCACACUAGAGGCUGAUCAGAAGUGAGGAAGAGGGUCACAUCCUGCCAGAGAAUAACAGAGCCAUGGAGUAUAGAAGCAGCCAGAGGACAGGAGCAGCCACUGCUGUGAUCUUCAGCUCUCUCUAGCUGCAGCUUCUGGGCUUCUUGGAGGAUGAAGUUAAGGAUCCUGGGCAUCUUGGUCGCUCUCAUCAGUUGGUCAUUCACGUGCCACUUGGACCCCUCCUCUUCCAAAGGCUCAGGAAUUGUAUUCAGAAUCACAAAGCCUGCUGCGCUAGUGUUGAAUGAACAAACCGCUCAGGUCAUUCAAACGGCAUUUCACCAGGCGACCUACCCAGAUAUUAAAGGAGAGAAGUACGUGCGCUUCCUCGGCGGUGUUACCUAUGGAUUGACGAACAUCCAUAUCGGUGACCUGUCCAUCGAAAACAGUACGGUGGAUUUCAAGGAGGAUGAUGCCAUUGACCUAGCAAUCCAGAAUGUUUCGGCAUCCUUCAAAGGAACCCUGAGCUAUGGCUAUGUGGGUGCCUGGCUAGUGAAACUCAUCCAUAAUAUUGACUUUGAAAUUGAUUCCUCCAUUGAUCUCCAGAUAAAUAUCAAACUGAACUGUGAAAAUGAGCGUGUGGCCGUGGACACUUCAGACUGUUACCUGACCUUCCACAAGCUGACCCUGCAUCUCCAGGGAGAUAGAGAUCCAGGAUGGCUAAAACAGCUUUUUACAAAUUUCAUCUCAUUUACCUUGAAACUGGUUCUCAAAAGCCAGGUUUGUAAAGAGAUUAACUUCCUUUCUCAGCUGCUGGCAGAUUUCAUUCAAGACCGGGCAGCAAACUUCCUCCAAGAUGGGGAUAUAGGAGUGGACACUGAUCUGACAUCAGCUCCAGUAAUAAAAUCAAACUACAUAGAAACACAUCAUAAGGGUCUCCUCCUGUACAAGAACUACACGGGCCGCUUCUGUGAGUCUGCUGCGUUCACGCCGUCUCUCCUCACCGAAUCCCGAAUGCUCUACUUCUGGUUUUCAGAGCAUGUUCUCAAGUCUUUGGCCUUGGCAGCCUUCCUGGAUGAGCGUCUGGUGUUAACUAUUGCAGGGGAAGAACUGAAGGAAAUGUUUGAUGGCGAAGAGCUGGAAACUCACCAGAAGACUGUGCAAGAGAUUUUCCAGGGUCCCUCCAGCAACGACUCCUUGGCUAAGGUGUGGAGCCUCGACCCUCCUGAAAUUGUCCUCCAGCCUGAAGGGACUGUGGUGAAGUCAACAGUGGCUGUGGAACUCAAUGUUUCUUCACAUGGAGGAGAGCCCUCGAUGCGCCUGUAUUUUGAAAAGGAAGUCACCGUUACAAUCCAAGCUUCCUAUGGGCAAAAGAAGCUGUUUUUACAUCUCACCAAUGCUGUGAUAGAGUCCAAAAUGUUUAAAUGCUCCUCGAAUAUAACUGUGAAUGAUGAGACUGUAAAUCACCUUCUGGAGAAAAUCAUCUUGGCUGCUGGGAUUCCCGAAGUAAUUUCAAGAAUUGAGCCAGCUCUGACUUCCCUGAUGGACAGCAAAGGGCUGUACCUGUUUGAAAUAAAAGAACCCGAGAUAAUAACCAGAAAGGGAUACUUCAUUAUACAGAUGGACUUUAGUUUCCCACACCAUUUGCUCAUAGAUUUUCUGAAGACAACUCGAUAGAAGGAUCCUCUCAACGAGAACAUGCGGGUCAGCUAUAUGGAUGGAUGCCCAAGAUUAACAGAGCUGUACAGUUAUUUUGUCUACUCUCCAGACAUGAAAUGUGAUAAUUUGUACUUGGUCCUAAUAAAGGUAUUAGCUGCCUUUGGA